UAAUUCUCGUAUCUAUAUCCUCUCUAUAUCUCUCUCUAGGGUUUCAUAAGACGCAUCGACUGAACAACCGACAUUCACUCCCCAUUUCCCCUUUAUACACAUCGUCGCUUCCUUUGCCGAAGAUCCCAUCGGCUUGAUGACUUCUACUCACCGGCAAACGGCAUCAUCUACUCACCAGCGCAAGGCAGCGAACAGUGGCAGACCCCAACGAUGACUUUCGUUCUUCAUCAUCAUCGUUGCAUAUAGAGUGAGACUUACAGCCGACGACUUUUUUUCUUAACAUUGUCGGCAAUCUGGUGAACUUGACUGCUUGUCAUUGACGGUAGCAAGUAGCGGUACACUACCAGACUUCGAUCCUCCACUCCGGAGCAGCAGGGUAGCGACGAAGUACUCUGAAUCAAGUAACGUUAUGUUUUUUCCUUGCAAAUGUUGUUCAAAAUCCACCUCUUCUCUUCAUUUGGGCCUUAUAAUGCUAUAUAAUGUUCGAAUCUACACAUGCAAUCUAUUUGUGCAGGCUAUGUAAAUCUAUCCAUAAAUAUUUAGUUGUAAUCUUAUAUGAAUACAAUGUCAUAUGUCUCAUUUGCAGUUAAUCAUCAAUGAAUACUCCAUGAGGCUGGUCCGAGAGAAGCAAGGCAAGCAGCCACAACAAUGCAUGUUAGGGGAAAAAGCCAAGGGGCUGCUGCCUCUUUUGAUUUCUCCAGAAACAGAACCCCAUCCUGGUGGUUAUUCUUGGCAGGGAACAAAGAAGAUGAAAGGGAAAAAAGGAGCAGAAAUCAGUUCAUCAAUUUCAACAGCAAAAAGUGGGUUCAAUGGAGGUUUCUUGGGUCUUGAUUUACUCGAAAUUCAACAACUAACCAUGACUAGAAAGAUACAAUGAAUAAACAUGCAUAUAGUUCGAGGUGAGAGAUUUACAAAAUGAAACAGCGACACCAAUAACUCUUUCGGAAGGAGCGCAAAUGUGUUUUAUUCAUUUAUGAUUGUAAUUGUUUUACUAGUUUAUGUGUCAAAAAAAUCUAUAUUGUAACUUAUUCAUUUACUAUUAUAAUUAUAUUCUUAUAUGAAUAGAAAUGUGUUUUAUUUAUUUA